ACAAAAAAGAUGAAAGAACGUAUUGGCGGGGCCUCUAUGUGUUAGAUCACGUGAUUCUGAUUCUGAAAGUGUCACAGAAUGAAAAUUGCAACAUAUGCGUCUGUGAAACAUAAGGAAUUUUCUGUAUUGGCAAUGUGGGAAAAUAGAUAAAAAGAAACACAUUUUGACUAUUGUUCCAUUAAUUCAAACAUGUUAUUUAAAAAAUAUCGAACAAAGAGUCUUAAAUCUCAAGUGUCAUCGAUUUUGGCUACAGAUAUGCUUGCUUCACCAGCUUAUUCUUGUGGAUGAAAAAGUAACACUGUUUGAAUAGCACAUUUAAACAACACCCCUAUGUGUGAUUCUUCCGUAUUCAAAGGACAAAAUAUUGUGAAGUGUGUGAAAAAUAUAUCCCUUAAAAACUCUUUGAUGGUUUUCAGGUAUUUUUCGCAACGAAGCAACACUACACGAGCUCUGAUGUUUAUGGGUAGUUCAUCGAGAUUGAAUGGCAAUAGUCCAGCAAUGACAUCGCCAAGCUCAUGUAAUGUUGUUUAGGUCUCGUGGUUCAAAGACAUUAGCCAUUUCAUUGCACCCGCUUACGACCGACAAGAUGAUUGAUAUGGAAAUUUAAUGAUGAUGUUUGCUGCAUAAUGGAUACCGAGGUAGGUCUCCCACAGGAACGGAAGAAAUGAUUAAUUCUUACAGCAACUGGCCGCUGACCCAGCAAUGCACCCCGGGAUCAAAGUUCUAAAUGGCUCCGCUUUGUAGACAAAGGAUUUAAAGACACUACACCUGUUUGUAGUCGUAAUCUACGUAUUUAUCAUGUAUGACUGCAAAGAAAGUGCCGACCUCCAAUGCUAAUUGAUAAUGGCGAUGUUAUCUGAUUUCAUUUUACUGGAUAUGUGUUUUAAAAUGAAAGUCGAAGACAACAAUAGAAGAAAAGAUAAUUGAGAAAUACUAUACUGUUCACCCCGAAGAAGUAUCAGGCUACUCCUGGAGGAUUUACGGGAGUCAAUGAAUUUUUAAUAUUUUUUAAGAAUUGUCGAGUUACAGUCAUGGCGCUGUAACAUGCUGUCUCCAGUGAGAAACAAUGGGAAUCGUAAUUUCUCUGCUGAGUAUGGCGACAUACAUCGUGGAAACAUCGCUCCAAAUGAACGAUGCUGCGACGAGCGAAGAUCUGUGGAGAACCGCAGUCGUGACCAGUCUCAUUGUGUUGGGAUUCGUCGUUACGAAUAUCAUUUCUGCUGUGUUGGUGUUUCGAACCAUGGACUUCUCCGGGAAAUCAUGUGGAAGGUUCAUCUGUGGCCUCCUUCACUGUGGCCAGAUAGGACUUCUUUGGAGGUACCUCAAACUGUUCAUGCUGUACGACGAACAUGAUUGGGGAGAAUUUGUUCUGUUGAGAACCAUACAGGUUCUGAUUCAGACGUUACCGUACAUUUUGUUAAAAGGAUUCAUUGUUCUGACCACGAACGACUUCUCAGCCAUAUCAAUAGCCACUAUCUGUGUUUCCGUCAUCUCUUCCGGUUUUGUGUUCACUAUGUUCAACCUCGGAAACUUACUUUUCGAAUCUGACGAGUUCCUUGAUGGAGACCGCCGUGUUAAAAAACCGUGUGGGAUCUUUUCUCUCGUGAUGGGAACAAUUCUCAUGUUAAGUUCACGCUGUGGUGCUAUCAUAGUAAUGUCGUCUGUUUUAACGUUUUGGAUCAGUAUUCCAAUAGGUCUUCAUUUCAUUACACUCAUUCUGAUACUCUCAAUCAAAGCAAAGUGCAAUAACCAAUGCUCAGCAUUAGAAACAACGAGAAUUUUGGGCCUUUCUAUCCUGUCCAUUUUCGAUGCAAUCGUGAACAAAUUCAAAGUGAUACGAUGUACAGAAGUUAUGUAUUACAGCGUGAUUCUUGUGGAAAAUAUUGUCAUGGCUGCGACUUGGGUAUUACUAUCCAGUCAAAGCUACGUUUUCAAAUUAUUGGGCAUUGUGUUUUUAUUGUGUACCUAUGUUUUCGGAGUCAUCCUAAAAUCGUGCAGCUGCGGUUAUAUCGAGGAAAAUGAGGAUGACAAUUUCUCGACGGACGAUGCUUUUGAUUUUGAUCAAACAAAUCUUAAAAUUGGUGACACAAAUAAAAAGCCGAAGAAAAAUAAACCGGGUGAAAUAAACCAUCUAUCAAGUAAUACAGCAUCUGAGAUUAAGAUCGAGUCUAUUUUCACACCGAUUUCUGAAUCCAUGCGAAAGCAGAAACCAAUAUCGAAAAAGAGCCAGUCCAGUAAGGGUUCGGGGAAUGGAAGCCUUGUAGUUGGAGAGAGCAACGGUGAUCUGAACUCAAGCAACAGCAGAAACACGAACACCCUCAAUGUGAGUAGUCGAAGCACCAAACCGAUCAGGAGUGUAGACAGUGCCCUAGAACAAUACAACGAACGCCCCCGAUUAUCGUUUAUACCAGCAGAAGUAAAAACACCACAGACAAAACACAAACAACCCCCGCUUAAACCCAGUGAUACAAAAAAUACAAACAUUGUUUCAAAAUCACCCGAAGUGAAGAAAUACUCGAUGGGAAAGAAACUCGAUAUACCUUUAUUUCCACACGAAUGCAACGAUUUAAUAGGCAGCAAAGGGUUUGGUUCUCCCAAACCUAAACAUAUUUUGAGCAACUCUGUUGCAGAAUACACCAUAGGCGAUUCCACCGAAUCAUCUUACUCGGAAUACCUCAGUUACAGCAGUUAUUACGUAGAUACAACCGAUUGGUCUUCUAUGUCAUGUGACUCUGAUGGCGCCAUGACAUGGCCACCAUCAAACCCUAUGACUUUUGUGAAUCUUCAUAGCUUGCCUAAGGAGCGUUUGGAGACUACUGACAGUGUACGCGUGUGGUUAAGUCGCUUAGAUGAAUGGGAGCCAAGUUAUGAUACGGUACUUCCUGGUUUCUUGGAGGGAGGAGGAAGUCCCGAUACUACGUUCAGUGUUCACAGUAUGGAAACUGGACAGCAUAGAACUGAAGUAUUCAGAAGAAGCAGUUCUGUGCAUGAACGAAGACAGUAUAACCAUAAAAAGAAAAGCCGAAACCUGCAUGUAUUCGAUAUAGAACAUUCACUCUCUCGCAAUCCUUUAUAUGUUAACCAAAUGGAAGUUGCUUCUGAACUAAAUGGUUUACAGUUGUCUCGAACUCUUGGCGUUAAUGACGUCAUAGAGGACAAAGAUGACACAAUUCUGGUCUGGCACAAUGAUUCCAUUGGUGCAUCGGAUGUAGUCCAGGAAUCCGUGGUUUGACUGUCAGAUAGAUUUUUUAAACAUGUUAUUCUUUAAAAUGGUGUUCCUAUUGUGCCAAAUUUCAUAUACACAGAUACGAAAGAAGAUUUUAAAAAAAAUAAACAUGAAUCUAAUGAAGAAAUGAAAAAUGAAUAAAUCUGAUGUAUAAAAUCAGUACUGGUGUGGAUCAAUCUAUUUAUCAUUAAUUAAUAACAUUCCUUUUUAAUUUUUUUGUAAGGUUAUGUCAAUAUUUGAUAAUAUGAGACCGUGUAAAGGUGAAAACACGAGUAAUUAACGAGAAAGGACAUACGGGUAACUAGUAUAUUUAAAGAGUUAAUGUAGUUGUGUUUAUAGGUUUAAUAAAAUUGAGUAAAUAAAAGUAGUCGGUUUGUGCUAGCAAACUAUUGUUAAAGGAAAUGUAAGGAAACAAAAUAUUGUUGAGGGAAAUAUAAGAAACGUCAUAAGAUAUACAUACUGGUAAUCUAAUAUGAAAAUAUAGUCUUUGCAAUGUAGAUUUCUUAGGGAUCAUCAAAAGUAGGCGGUGUACUUCUUUGGUCCUUGUGGACCUCUGUGAAUGGUCAAUCUCUUUUGACUUUGGAGAUGCCCUAACGUUGACACAAUGGUAAGUUUUCGUCCCUUCAGUACUUCACGCGUUAAUAAUCUCGUUGGCAGGGGACGGAGUCAAUAUUAGCAUUCAGUGUGAGCCGGAGAUCACACUUUGUAUGAUGGGGCUUUCAAACACUAAGUCAACACACAUUAUGCUUGCAUUGUCACGUCUAAAACACGUUAGGUAAUGGGUAAUUGGCAUCUCUUCUCAACACUAAUACAGUGACAACAGAGAAUAGACUGAUAAAUAAUGUAUAUGCCGAGGUGGCAGGUACCCGUAACGUCCAGAUAACUGAACGCUGUAUCGGAAUGCGAACGUUCUUUGUUAUCUUUUUUUGCGACGAUAUCUACUAGGCGACAGAUAGCAGGAACAGAAAGGAGAGAAAGAGGG